AUGAUAUUGUCAGUUUACCAUCGAAACGAAUUACAAAAGCAGAAGAAGAAAGGAAGGGAUUGCUUGCUCAGAGUGCUAAUGAUUUUUAAAAGGUUUAACAUCGUUUUUAAAAGCGCAGAAUUAAAGUGCUUUUUCAGAGAUAAAGAAUCGCUUAUGCUCAAUGUGCGGGAUAUUGAGGCGCGAAUUGCAGAAGCUUCGUCACCAAUGGUUAUUAUCCGACAUCCAACCAUACCGAAGGAAUUCAGCGAUGACACCAAGGAAAAUAAGGCAAGCUUCAUUAUGUCCACUAAAAAGAGUGAAUUAUCAGUUUGGGACACUGACGCGAGAUCUCUAGGACGGUCACUGUUAUCCGCCUUCAAGCAUAGUACCGAGGAAGAUGAUGCCUCAUCGCGAUCAAAGCAGACAUCGUUCGAUGAGAAUCAGCUUUCAGAAGCACCGGCUAUUAGGUAA